AUAAUGGAAUGCGCAGUAGACCUUCCCUCAGGUGAUGAUGAAGCACUUGAGAAAGAUGACAAGACUGCCAAGGAAAUGAAUGAGCCACCCCAUAAGAAAAACAAGAAGCAGAGAAAACACAAGAGCAAGAAGAAGAAGAGAAGGAAGAAAGGUGAUAAGGAGAGCAGCUCAGAAUCUGGUGCUGAGUCAGAUGUGGAACCUCCACCCCUCCAAGACCUGUCAGAACCACUAGAGCCAGAGUAUCAUUUAAAAAACAAGCUGGGAAGUGUUAUAUUUAAAGGGAAAAAAAUGAGUAACCGUAAAGCCAGUGAACAUAACAGUCCUCUGUCCACACUUGCACAAACGUAUAUCUUUUCCCUUGUUUGUAGUGCCAGAUUAGCAGCAGCUGCUGGGCAGAAGGAGGAGAGUAAAAGGGAUAUAGAUCGAGUCGACGUAGAGGGAGAUGUAAAAUCUAAAAAAAGCAAAAGACACGCUGCUAAGAAGAAGAAAAAGAAGAGAAAGAAAGAUGAAAAGCAGGAUAAGAAAUCGCCCUCUCACUCCCCAUCUGAAAGCAGCUCAGUUUCUGCUUCAGAAUCGGAAGGUGAAGGAGGUAAAAGGAUUGGUUAUGGCAGAGUUUCUCCAGUAACUACAUCUGAGUUCCAAGAGCCAGUUUCUAAAUUGGUGCCAAAAACCAAACGAGGAGAGGAGAAUGUGGUUUCCACUCUGAUGGAGAAACUUGAGCCUCUAACGGUGAAGAAAGAAGAAGCAUCAGACAUGGACAAGUCUCCAUCUGGCUUGAAUGAGAGUAAUACCAAUGACGUGAGUCAGGAUAUGACCAUAUCCUCCGCAGACCAGGUUGAGAUUACUCAGCCAGCGGCAGUAAAGGUAAAGACCGAGAGUGAUUGUAAUGAAGAACUUGGAUUCAUCCAUGCCCAAGAACUGCCUGACAUUAUCCCUAAACAGGAAGGUAAUACCCCACGUGAUGACACAAGUGUAAAAGAUCUGUUAAAUGCAGUUCAUAUGGAAAAUAUCAAGGAGCAAGGUUUAUCCAGGUCAAAAUCUCCUUCACUUCCAAAGUCUCCUUCCCCUUCGAGGGGCCGUGAUGAUGAAGCACUUGAGAAAGAUGACAAGACUGCCAAGGAAAUGAAUGAGCCACCCCAUAAGAAAAACAAGAAGCAGAGAAAACACAAGAGCAAGAAGAAGAAGAGAAGGAAGAAAGGUGAUAAGGAGAGCAGCUCAGAAUCUGGUGCUGAGUCAGAUGUGGAACCUCCACCCCCUCCAAGACCUGUCAGAACCACUAGAGCCAGUGCCAGAUUAGCAGCAGCUGCUGGGCAGAAGGAGGAGAGUAAAAGGGAUAUAGAUCGAGUCGACGUAGAGGGAGAUGUAAAAUCUAAAAAAAGCAAAAGACACGCUGCUAAGAAGAAGAAAAAGAAGAGAAAGAAAGAUGAAAAGCAGGAUAAGAAAUCGCCCUCUCACUCCCCAUCUGAAAGCAGCUCAGUUUCUGCUUCAGAAUCGGAAGGUGAAGGAGAGUAUACCAAUGACGUGAGUCAGGAUAUGACCAUAUCCUCCGCAGACCAGGUUGAGAUUACUCAGCCAGCGGCAGUAAAGGUAAAGACCGAGAGUGAUUGUAAUGAAGAACUUGGAUUCAUCCAUGCCCAAGAACUGCCUGACAUUAUCCCUAAACAGGAAGGUAAUACCCCACGUGAUGACACAAGUGUAAAAGAUCUGUUAAAUGCAGUUCAUAUGGAAAAUAUCAAGGAGCAAGGUUUAUCCAGGUCAAAAUCUCCUUCACUUCCAAAGUCUCCUUCCCCUUCGAGGGGCCUAGAUAUAAAGAAGUCUGGUUUGAAUUUGAGUCGGUCUCCAACACCAAGUAGGCAGCAGUCUGGUCAAACAGCACCAGUAGUAAAAGAGCUGUCAAGAAGCCAUUCCAGAUCAGCUUCAAAGGGUAAACGGUCUACAACUCCCUUGAAAAGCAAAGAACUGUCACGUUCUCUGUCUCGCUCUAAGUCACCUGGGUCAAAACGAAAGUCACGCUGUCAGUCUCCUAAAUCCCCCAAGAGGCCACUUUGCCGGUCCCGAUCUACAUCUCACUCCCCCACUCCUAAGAGAAAAGUGUCAAAAUCUCCCAGGAAAUCCAAGUCCCCCAAACACAGAAAGAGCUCCUUGUCAGUUUCUCCAAAGCGACGUCAUAGUUCCCCUUCUCCAAAAAGACGGUUGUCACGUUCCCCUAAGCGUGGUGGACGUAGGUCUCCAUCUCUUUCCCGGUCUCCAAAGAGAAGUCGAAAAUCAGAGUCACGAUCUCAUGCUGGCACUAAGCGCUCUAGGACUCGCUCUCCUCGACGUGGCGGUGCAGGUAGUAGGCAUUCCAGAUCACGUUCUGUUACUAAGAUUCGUCGCUCCCGAUCUAGAUCCAGGCGCCCUCUUCGUAGAUCCCGGUCACGAUCACCAGCAAGGCGUAUCGGAGGCAGACGCUCCAGAAGUCGAUCUUUGUCUCGACGUAGGAGAUCACCACCCCCAAGAGCUCGCCGUUCACGGUCCCGGUCAAACCGCCGGAGCAGGCGGACUCGAUCAAGGUCUAUUGUAAUUCUUAGACGCAGCCGUCGCUCCAGAUCAAGGAGUCAUCAUAAACAGACCAAAUCAAGAACGCCUGUCUCCCGUCGGCGGUCAAAAUCCAGGUCUCCAGGUAGAAGGCGUUCUCGGUCCCCUGGGAGAAGAAACCGUUCCCCUCUGAGGUCUGGACGACGAUCCAAGUCCCGCUCAUUGUCACACAGGCACCGGACGAAAUCACACUCACCGCUGCCUGCCAAGAGGAGGUCCAAAUCUCCACGGAAAACUGGCAGGAUGUCAAAGUCUGCAUCCCUGUCCCCUGCCUUAAACAGAUCUAAAUCCAGAUCUGAGUCAAGUGAUGGACAGUCUGAUAGUACCUCCCCAGCUCGAUCCACAUCUGGGUCUGAGAAGACAGCCGCUGGAAAGGCAGCCACAGCUACACAAAGUGGAACCAUUUCAUCUGCAGCAGAGGAUGUCUGCAAACCUCCAAGCCCCCAGCAGCCAGUAUCUGACCAACCUGGGAGUUCUUCAGAUAAACUACAGGAACAGCCUCCGACUCUUGUUCCCAGCAAUGAAGAGCAGCAGGAAGAGGGUGGUGGCACCCCACCCAGCUCAUCUGAUGAGCAAGAUAGUUCCAGGUCCAGAUCUGAUUCACCUGAACAUGGCACUGGUCCAGAUGGCUCAAAUUGUUCAGAGGGCUCAGAAGAGGAAGAGGAUUCUUCUGUUCCCGUUAAAACUGCUCUUAAACACCAGAGAAGCUCCUCACGUUCAGUGUCCCCAGAAGUGCAAAAGAAGGUGUCACAGUUGAGCUCCCCUCAGGCAAACAGGAAACCACGCUCAACAUCAUCACCUCGAGGAUCAACGUCCAAGACUGCCUUCAAAAAGAAACAGUCCAGGUCCAAGACUCCAGUGAGAAAGAGAGAAUCUGUCUCUCCAUCAGAGAGGAAAAAACGCCGAUCUAAAUCUCGUAGUCCUGCUCGUCGACGACGGACCAGUCGGUCACGCUCAGCCACACGUCGCAAGAGGUCACGCUCCAAGUCUCGGACCAGAGUCCGUCGAUCCAAGUCCCGUUCUCCAACACGCAAGAGGCGAUCUCGCACUCGUUCUCCUGCCUCCCGGGGGAGGAGAAGGUCCAAGUCUGCAGACAGGAGCAAACGAUCAAAGAGUCGCUCUAUGGGCCGGAGGAAGAGGUCCAGGUCAGGAGACAGAAGCAGGCGAUCCAGGUCGCGUUCCUCUGACCGCAGGCGUAGAUCUAGAUCAAGGGGUCGAGGCCGACGACCAGUGUUUCGAAGCCGAUCAUUCGAUAGACGAGACAGAUGGAAGAGGGAACCCAGCCAUUCUCCAGUUCUCAUUCUCCGCAAGCAGCGUCGCUCAGGGUCCCGGCCACGGCGCAGCACCAGCAAGUCCCCUGCUCGGCUUACAGAGCUUGACAAGGAGCAAUUACUGGAGAUAGCUAAAGCUAAUGCUGCUGCCAUGUGUGCUAAGGCUGGAGUGCCCAUUCCUGAGAGUCUGCGUCCUAAAGCCAUCUUACAGCUUCCUUUACCGACUCCAUCUCCUGCACCUCUCUCCCUACCUCUACCUUUACCUCUCCCAAUGGGCAUGGGGAUGCCCACCAUGGGUCCAAUGGGGUUACCUAAUAUUCCAGGAAUGCCCAGCAUGUCAAAUAUGACCAUGAGUGCAGCUAUGGCCAGUAUGACAGCAGCUACAAUGACAGCUGCCCUGACCAACAUGGGUGCUCUGGCGGCAGCCAUGCCACCCUUGGCUCCUCUUCCUACUAUCACCAACAAGCCCCCUCCAUGCCUUGCUCCUCCAACCCCAUCUCUAAACCUGGACCACAUUGAAGAAGCCAAGAGGAAGGUCACUCAGCAGGCUAACAUACACACGAUUAAGGAGCUUACUGAGAAGUGUAAGAUGAUUGCAAAUAGCAAGGAGGAGAUGGCCAUUGCUAAACCCCAUGUCUCAGACGAUGAAAGCUAAAACCACCUUGUCUUCACGCAACUCUUCAAUGGACGGUCGGGGGGGGGGGGGUCCUUUUUCAGAUGACUUGCCUUUCCACAGUUCCCUUGGGCACUUUGGGUUGCCUGUCUGAGCCUCUUAAAUUACCAACAAGAGGAGCACCCUAGUUGUCAUGGUUACAGUAUAUAAGUAUCAGCCACUGGCCCACUUAGCUCUCCUGUUUGUGUGUAAGACUGAAGAAUUUUCACCUGUGAUACCACUGAGGAGUUCACAGUAACGUUUGUGGACAGAAUUGACCCUAUGCACAGCUGAAACAAGGAAAUGUUUUCAGUGCCUGAAGUGCUGAAUCUCUGUUGACUCCACCAUUCACCGAAACCACCAUUUGCUGUCAUUUUUCACAGUAAUUGACUUUUUGCCCAACUCUUAUCCAGUGGAAACAUCACAACGAGAAUUUCUGUGUGAUUGGAUAAAAGGAGAGACAUUUUGCAACAUCAACUUAGCAUUGAAAGAGGUCUCAAACAUCUACCAACAUAUGAAUCACAGUAACCAGAUGAUGUAAAAAUGACAUGUAAAACACUUUUAUGUUUUCUUAGAUCAUAAACAUGGGUGUUGGUAAAUUUUUAAAACAAGUGCCCACAGUAAUCUCUCUGACUCCAGAUACACUGUGGAAAUUGGUUUAACAAUGCAAAGUAGUUAAACACAAAUGACAGGUGUUUUUAUUCACACAAAGCAAGGCAGCUGUACAUUCUCCCAGCCUGAUGUCACCUCUGAGGACUUCAGUUCGAUUGUAGCCAGAAUGAUUUUGAUUAAUUUUACAUCAUCACCCAGGUAAAUAAAUUUGGAUGCGGUGUAGCUGACUGACAGAGCAAAUUAUUUUACGUUUCAGUGUUUAGACUGUUUCCACAGUGUAGUUUACCACUGGAAAAGUGGGAAAUAUAUUUACAUCACCUGUCUCUGUGGAAAUUAGAACAUGGAUGGAGCUGCAUAGGGUCAAUAGUCAUUGCGAGUCCAUGUGUAUGUACGUAUGUGUGUGCGCGUAUGUGUGUAUAUAGCGACUUUCACAGCCAAACCACAGUGGUCCUGCUCAUUAGUUCUUACAUGGAUGAAUAAUGAAGACUGAAGAGGAAACGAAUUGAACUAACUAGCAGCGCAAGUGUUUUUGUAAGAGGUUGGUUUCUCCAAGUUUGUUUUAUGCUUUCAUAAAAGGCUAAGUGGCGACUUCUUCCUUAUUUUGCUGGAGUCCUUUUGUUCUCACAAGCCCCUGUUUUAUUUUUUCUCCCACGCAUACAGUUAAUACACAAUUUUUAGUAGAUCCUCAGAUGAGAUGAAUACUGAUUUACCGUACUGACCUGGGUUUUCAUGGCACAAAGGUAACCAUGUUUUGAGUCCUGCAUUAGAAAAGGAGAAAUGUUUUCUAGAUUUGAUCAUUCUGAGGCCAAGGAAUAACAGGAUAUUGGCCAUUUAGCAAUAUUGCAGCGAGUAAGGUGUGUGUUCUGGCUCGCACAGUGAUUAUCGAUUUGCAAAACAUGACUCAGUACUGCCCUGGGUGUGGUGGAAGUGUCAAGUUAUUUUUUUUUUUAUAUUUUGUUGAAAGUUGGAGAUUUCAGAGGUUUUUGUAGAUUCUUUGUUCUUAUUUUAGAAUUUAUUUUACCAUAUCUUUUCCCAGAGAUCACGAAGAUUUGUAAGCAUGAUAAGAAGUGGGAGGGAUAAACUCAGUGAGAUUGUGAAGUUGGGAUACCAAUGUGUAGACGUUCAAUUUUCAGUUAGGCUACUUGUCUGUGUCCUGCAUUCCUCUGUCAACCAGCUUUAAAUGUAAUUUUGGUUAAACAGUGGCACUAGUUAUGUCAUCUUUUGGUUUUGUUUAAAUUUCUAACAAGUGGUUAGUGGCCAUCUUUGAGGUUAUAGUGAUAGCAGCAGCACAGAGUCCGCCAUAGUUAGAGAUUAGUUGUGUAAUACUAGGUUAUGAGCUCAAAUUGGGUUCACUACCUGAAUCCACCAGCUAUCUUAUCAUACUAACCGAUGCUAAUUGUAAAAGCUACAGCUUCAGUCUUUUGAGGCAGUUUCUAAUUUAGAAGAUGGUAGUUGUCAAAAAUCCACAAACCACUGGCAUUUUUUUAUGCUUUGAGUUUCUGCUAACUUGCUUAGGUUUUUGUGAGGAACACAUUCCAUUUAAUUGGGUGUUGCUGUUCACGCGGGCGCACGACUUGGUUAAAUUUGGUCACAGCUGUUGCACAUCAGAGGUGUGUGUCUGUUGUGUGACAGGCACGAUCUUUAAAGGUGUUUUGUUUAGAAACUGGUCAGUGAUCAUUACAGUUUCUCCUCCAGAUGUAAGAAUUAUGGAUUGGCAAAGUUAUACAUGUUGAAUUUCAAGCUACACUAGAUUCCAUAAAACAUUUUGUGUCUGGCAGUUGUUCAUUAACUGAAGGGCAGCUUUCAGAGGCUCAGUGUGUAACAUUGUACAGCUGUGUAAGAAAAAUCCCAGCGCAUCCUUCAGUUCACUGAUACAUUAAUUUCAUUUUAUGAUUAUACGUUGCCAGCCUCGGGAUUUGUUGUUUGUGUCUUGGUAAAAAUUACCAUCACGUCUGUUGGGGGAAAUGGGGUGGGCGGGGUGAAGGGCAGGUUUAUAAAAAUUGAUAGAAUGGAUCUUGAAAUUCUGUCUCCUAUUAGUUUUUAUUGCAGAGGUAAAUAUAGCUUGAUUUCUGUCAUCCUGCCAUGCCCAGGGCUGUUUAACUGUGGGAAGAUAAUUUGUGAAGGUUUUUGUCAAACUGUACCUAUAGUGAUUCUGUAUCAAAGUGUUAAACUGUUGAAUUGAAUCUUUGAGGUAAUCCUUAGCUCUUUAAUGUCAAAAAAAAGUGAAUGCAUUUAGGAUAAACUUUUUUGGGGGUCAUUUCAGUAUGACAUUGCUUGCUUUGUACAUAAAUGUGUUGACAAUUAUUAAAAACCUCAAAAUGAUCUGUAUAUA